AUGACUGAUUACGAAGGCGGCACAAUCAAAUCAGUCAAAGAGAUGUUACCUAACGUUCUGCACAAGGGAUGUCUCUUUCAUUUUUCACAAGCGGUAUGGCGACAAGUUGAAAGCAAAAGAUUGGCCACAAAAUAUAGAGCAGAUGAGUCCUUUCGUUUAAAAGUAAAAAAGUUGAUUGCUCUUGCUUUUCUUCCAGUAGAUGACAUCACAACUGAAUUUGACUUAAUUGUCGAUGAAGAGGCCGACGAUCUACUUGAAUAUUUCGAAAAAACUUCGAUUGGUGAACCAAAAAGAAGAGGAACUGGUCGAAAGAAGCCUCUUUUUGAUCACAAAUUAUGGAAUAUUCAUGAUCGAGUUGCCGCUGCUGUACCUCGUUCAAACAAUUCGAUGGAAGGCUGGCACAAUGCAUUUGCCAAUCGUGUCUCAAUUAGUCAUCCAACGGUUAUCAAGUUAACAGAGAAAAUUCGUCGUGAACAAUCCAAAUUCGAAGGUGAUAUAGCGAAGAUUCUUCAAGGUCAUGAUAUCAAGACGAAGAAAGCAUGUAAUCGAAGAUUGUACGAACGUGUUUCUCGACUGGUCAAUGCUUACGAUUCAUCUCAACUGGAUCAAUUCUUAACAAAUGUGGCAGCAAAUGUUACUCUGUAG